AUGCCCAGCUACUUCCCUAGAGCUGACCUGCCUCCUGCAGAUUCUCUAAACAUGCCUAAACGUGCUCCUGUUCAUGGUCAAGCGUCAUUAGCUCAUCCAUUUGCAUUCAGGACUGCUCCUGACCUUCCCACUCAAGACCCCGUCACACUUACAUACCCAGUGACAAACCAGAUAUUUAGAGCACACACCGUCGCUCCUUAUGAUUCACAGAUCCCGCCUGUAUAUGCUGUUGAGGCCCCUACUUUCACGACACCGGCUAGGGUCAAAGUCCCGUAUGAGGUUGACCAAUAUGCAGAAAUGGAGAAGGAUGCUCGAUUGAAAGAAGAUAAGUCAAUAGACGCUCAACUUCGAGGUCUAAGAAAGGCAUUAAAAAACCUACAAGUCACUAGGAGAACAGAGAGCCUAGAUUAUGAUGACUUAUGCAUCCACCCAGAUAUUGACAUGCCGGUAGGAUACAAGCCCCCAAAGUUUGACGUAUUUGAUGGAAAGAGCGAUCCUCAUGCAUAUCUGAGGGCAUACUGUGACAAGUUAGUCGGUGUAGGGAGAAAUAAGAAGCUAAGAAUGAAGUUGUUCAUUCGAAGUCUAUCUGGAGAAGCGUUGACUUGGUAUACACGCCAGGAUCCUCGCAAAUGGUAUAACUGGCAGGAAAUGGCUGAGGAUUUCAUGAAUCGUUUCAGAUUUAAUACCGAAAUCACUGCGGACAGGUUCUCAUUAGCCAACAUACAAAAGAAACCAUCGGAGGACUUCCAGGAGUAUGCACGACAUAGGAGAACUGAGGCUGCAAGGGUUCAACCACCGCUCGAUGAGAGUGAGCUCUCAAAAUACUUUAUUCGAGCCCAAGAAGGUAUCUACUUUGACAAGAUGAUGUCAAUGAUGGGCCAAAAGUUUGCAGAAUUGGUCAAGAUGGGAGAUUUUAUAGAGGAAGGCAUCAAAUCGGGUCAAGAUGGCUGCAUUGCAAGCUGCAAGUAA